UGCCCACCCCCUGCACCCCAUGGGGGCUACUCACUGGAGCCUUGCAUUUGCAUUUUUAGAGCCAUUCUCACGAACAAACCUCUGCAAAGACGUGAGGUCUGCUGCCCAAAUCUGACCAUGUCCAUCAUGCCAACUGCAUGCUUCCUGCUGGCUCUAAUCGGCUGCAUCAGUGCGCAGUUUUCGCACUCUGCGCCGCGGGAAACAGCUCGCAGAGGCAGGAAUAAGCGCCUCAGCUGCACCGUGGACUCCUCAGUGACGCUCUCCUCCACUGCUAUCCACUGGUACAGACAGAAACCCGAAGAGGCCCUGCAACGCCUAUUGUACUUCGGAGCUGGAGCCUCAACAGCCACCAUCGAGGAUCAAUUUUCCCGCAGAUUUACGGGUGGUAAAAAGGACAGCACCUUAUCCCUGACCAUCACAAGCGUAAGCGACGACGACGCGGCCACUUACUACUGCGCGCUGUGGCGCGGGGACACGCCCUUGCUACUUUUUGUUCUUGCAUAUCACAUUGUGGGGGAUGAGAAAGUAUUCAGCUCAGGCAUCAGACUGUAUGUUACAGAUGGUAGCAUAAAGACUCCCAAACUGUCCGCGUUCCCAGCGUCCAGCACUCAGUCGAAUGGAAAGCGUGUGUUGCUGUGCCAGGCGAGAAACAUGGUCCCGGACUUUGUGAAAUUCACAUGGCAUGCAGAAGAUCAGAGUGGAACAAAAGUGGACCUGAAAAGUGAUGAGCAGCUGGAGCAGAGAGAUGAUCUUCCAGAGGUCAAAAUAACCAGCAUGCUCAUUGUAGACAAACAGAAAGUGAAGACCAAUAAAUUCACCUGUUCUGUUCUACAUGACAGCAGCAUUAAAGAAGUGAAAAGAGACAUUCCAAGGCAACAAGAUGAAGAGAAACCUGAUCCUGAUCCUGUCCCUGCUACUACCUGUCCAACCCCAAAAGAAAAAGAACAACAACAAGAGGUAAAAGAGGAAGACAAAGAGGAGGAGGAAACACCUAUAUAUGGUUUGUUUGAGCUCAGACGCAGUCUGCAUCUGUUCAGUGUGGUGUAUGUGAUACUACUGGUGAAAAAUGUGUUGUAUUUCUGCACCGUGUCUGUCUUACUGUAUAAAAGAAAUGCUGCAAACAAGGAGAUGCUCAGAAGCAAGGCACACUGAUCAGUCCAUCAGCCAAACAGCAUGACACACACCACCAAGAGUUUUCUAGACAACAAACAUUUACCACAUCCAUUUUCUUAUUUACAUUGCAACAUAUUUGUCUUAGUUACUCUGAUUAACCAGAGAGAUAAAUACUUUUUUUAUUUUACUAUUUCCUCAUAACAGUUAAUACUUUCAAUAUGAAGUCUUCGGACAAACGACUUUUUUGUUCUCUUUGGAUUAGUGAUAAGUAAAUAGUUUAAUGGAGUUUAAUUUAGUUUUAGUUCCUGCUCUACUCUGUAUGCAUUACCAAGAUGUUUUCAAUAAAUUACUUCAAAAACUAA